UUUGGAAUAAUGAGUACCGCACCGUGCAUAGCUUUAUGUGUUUUGCUGAUGUUUCAAUAUGGAUCAUCUGUACUCUUAGAAAAGAAUUGUGGACGCUUUAAAAAUAUCAUACUUAACACUCCUUGGCUGGUCUCUAUUCGAGCUGGUGAAAAACCUGAAGUCAUCUGCGUUGGCACCCUUAUUAACGAACGAUUUGUCCUGACAGCAGCCAGUUGCAUACACAACCAAAGCUCACUGAAAGUUCGGUUGGGAGAAAUCGUGGAAAAUAAUAAUACAAAAUAUGCCAAAUACAAAUAUGUGGAGAUGCUUGUAUUAAGGGCCAUUAAGCACAAGUUAUAUUCACCAGGCAGCGAUCAGAAUAAUAUUGGUCUGCUCAGAUUGCCAAAGGAUGUUGUAUAUAUGGAUCAUAUACAACCUAUAUGCAUUGAGCUCAACACUGACAAAUCUAGUAGACACAAACGUUCGGAUUGGGAAUGGCUUCCGAAAACAAGCGUUGGUUACCCCAAAGUGCAAAUUGUGAACGACACAGUUUAUUUUCAAACUGGAAUUUUGAGCCGUGAUAAUGUCAUUACAGCGGUUCGGGAAUAUGCCGAGGACUGGAUAUUACCAACAGCGCUGGAAGUUGAUGUCAUACAGUACCCCCUGUCAUGACCAUCAAAGCAAUAUAUAUCACACCAAGAGUUAUAGUUUCCAUACUGAUGUAUGUCAUGAAUUGAAUUCAUGAAAAACCUGCUAAAUAUAAUAAUCUUUUAUUUCAAAUAUGGUUUGAAUACUUUGAAAUAGUAUAGUAUGAACAAGUUCAAAAAAUAAAGAAUGGUUCGAUAUUUCCGUGUAA